AUGGCUUCCGUAAAGCCCGCUAUCAUCAUCGUCACGGGUGCGUGGGUGCCACCCUCGAUAUACGGAUCUCUCGGCGACCCUCUACGGGUGGCUGGGUACGAAGUGUACACCACAGCCCACAAGACCAACACCUCGGAGCCCUUCCAGCCAUUGCCAACCCCAUACGACGAUGCAGAGCCACUCAGAGAGUUGACGACUCGGCUAGCCGACGAAGGUAAGGAUAUCAUGUUCGUGAUGCAUUCGUACGGCGGUCUCCCCGGCUCCAUCGCUUCCCAGGGCUUGGGGAAGAAGCAGCGACAAGAGCAGGGGAAGCCAGGCGGGGUUGUGCGACUUUUCUAUAUAACGGCCUGGAUCGCCGAACAAGGGAAGAUGGGGAUGGAUUCCGUGCCGGUUGGGUCGUAUCCGAGGGUUGACAAGUUUCCAGUCGAGCAUAUCGUUCAGGAUGGCUGGAUCAAACUAAACCUCGAAGGGAACUUUGACUGGCUCUGGGAGGACGUCUCGACCGAACAAGCCCGGGAGUAUGCAUCUCAGAUGAUGUGGUGCUCCGGCCUCCAGGGCGCAACAACCAUCUCAGAGGCAGGCUACAAGGAGAUACCCGUGUCGUAUCUUGUCGCUGAGCAUGACAACGUCUUCGUGCCCAGUACUCAGUAUCACUGGAUUGGCUUGAUCAAGGACAGCACCACGCAGGAGGUUGACGUGCAUACGUUGCCCGUGCCUCAUAUGCUUAUGCAUGGAGAUGUCCAGAAGGUGGAAGAGGUUGUGAAGCUGGUCGAGAGAGUCGCCGGUGAGAGAUUGGAAUGA